AUGAAUGGAAGGGAUAAUCGCACCCAGCUUUUUUCUUCAUAUACUCCAAACGCUUAUCCCAACUCUUAUGCUCAAUCCCGGCUUAGCACCCCAACCGCAGGCGGCCUAAGUGCGCGCUUACCGGCAGCUUAUCAGACUCGACAAGAGUCUCCAUACCAAAGCGACAGUGUAAUGGACAGUCUGGAGUCUCAGAAUGAUGUACAGAUUGAGGGUCUCAGUGCUAAAGUUAAGCUUCUCAAGGAUCUGACUGUUAAGAUUGGCGACGAGGUGCGCGACUCUAAUAAGCUUCUUUCUGAUCUUGAAAAUAGCUUUGAAGGCGCACGCACAAAGCUGAAGAUGACUUUUAACCGUAUGAUCAUUAUGGCUGAUAGAUCUGUGACAGCUCCACCAAAUGAAAUGUCUAUCAAUUACAGGCCUACUCCGGACGAACUCAACAGAGAAGAGGAGUACGAUGACAAUGUGAUCAUCAACUCUUGGGAAGCUUCUCUCAAAGAAUACAAGAGACACCAUGCCAUAAGAAGUGAUUCAGAAAAAGAACAAAAUGAGCAACAGCCUGAGCAACAGCCUGAGCGGCAAGUCGAACAACAUAUUGAACAACCACCAACACAAACAGAAGACCAUGAUAUUAAUUCCGAGCUUCAAGAACCAAAUGCUGACAUUCCAAGUCCUUCAGAACCAGAUAUUCAGCAGGUUGAAGUCCAACCCCUCCCUGAACCAACACCCGAGCAAACAACCCAGCAAAACAAUGCCGAAACUCAAAUCGAGCCUCCGCUUCCCAUGGAAGGAAUGGACCCAGAACUUAAAAAUCUACUAAUGUCAUGGUACUGGGCUGGCUAUUACCAUGGGCUCUAUGUUGGAAAAAAUAAACAAUAG